CCCACAUUCUCAUUCCAAGGUUUGCGAAUGCCACGAUAGAAUUCAACAGCCUGACUGUCUAGUCCCUCAGCAGGAGACAGUGAGCCACCGCUUACGAGACGACCGACCACAGAAGCAUGAGCUACUAAUUGCUGAGACUACUUACAGUGGCAACGGGUGCCUCCGUCCCUCUGCACAAUUGUCGGAAAUGUCUGCUCAUGAGGACCUGCGCGCAGAGUGGAAGACUUUGUAUUCCGAGACUUUACCCGCACUUGCUAGAUCUCGUGAUCCUGCUCAGCCCAAAUGGCCUGUGACGCUCGAUCACUGCUUCGCACGGAUCAUCCUGGAUAACACGGUAGGCAAAGGCCAGCAGCAGUGGGACAAAGUGAUUGCGAAGCCAGCCGUCAGGAAUAUGGACGAGCAACAACUGCGAGACGCCAUUGACCUGGGAAUGCACAUAAUCGCUGGAAAAGCUAACCUCUGCCAUCUGGACGAGUUGAGCUUGCAAUGUAGAGGCAAGAAUGAAGGCAAAUAUGCCAGCAAUAACAGUGGACAGUCUAAUCCAAAGGAAGACAUUCCAGCGCGAACAAGAGAAAAGCGCUCGGUGGAAGAAAGCACGAAAAUCGAAAGUCCUGCGAAGAAAAGAUUGAAGCAGAACAAAAACCAGUCAACGCUACAAUUCGAACCAACUGUAAUAGCGCCCGAGAAAACCCCUGCGACAAAUAAUGCGCUGCAGGUCGAAGACAGGGAGCAGCUCCAGAUGACACUACACCGCAUACAGGGGCAUGCGACACUGACUGCUUACCGGAAGAAGUUGUACACCGUUCUUCUGUCCGUACCAAGAGGUCGUUAUACCACGUACGCAGCAAUGUCCAACUACUUGAACUCCUCCGCCCGUGCUGUUGGCAGUGGAAUGCGCAACAACCCAUUUGCACCGGACGUACCUUGUCACCGAGUUCUGGCGGCAUCGGGCGAGAUUGGUGGCUUUAAUGGUCAGUGGGGAAAAGAGGGAAAAUAUGCGAACAAGAAAAUCGAGCUUCUGCGCAACGAAGGCGUUAUGUUCGAUCCAAAAGGAAGAGUGGUGGGUGAGCCCUUUCGGAAGUUUCACACUUUCGAAGACAUGCCCAGAGUUGCGAGUUAUCCGGACUAGAAACGAGGUGAUCUAACGGCGAUCAUGUUUUCGAGAAGCAUGCUUGAGUGAGGCCGGAUCUCUGAUGACUGUCAAACGUGACAUGUUCACGACAUUUUACAACGGAUGCCCAAGGAUCAGUGCUAUCAUGGUACGUGCGAUC